AAGCCUCUGCAGAAAAGAAGGGAACCUAUCUGAGGAUUCACACUCCAGACAGAGGCAACCAAGGGAAAGCAAGAAGCAAAGAGACGUGUCAAGUUGCAGAUACCGACCACCCGCUGGGAAGGGCGAGCCAUGUCGCAGACCCGUCCCUACAGCUGCCUGGGCUACACGCUGCUGGUACUCUGUAGCCUGAAGGCUACCCUUGCCUUUCCCAACUCCUCUCCACUGCUGAAUCCCAGCUGGGGGAACGGAGACCACCUGAUGCACCUCUACACAGAUACAGAGAGGAACAGCUUCCAUCUCCAAAUCAACGCUGAUGGCUAUGUUGAUGGUGUUCCUCACCAAACCAUUUACAGUGCCCUAAUGAUCAAGUCUGAGGGUGCUGGCUCAGUAAUAAUCACAGGUGUGAAGAGCGGACGCUACCUGUGUAUGGACAUGAAAGGAAACAUUUUUGGUUCGCAUUACUUCAGUCAAGAAGACUGCACGUUCAACCACAGGACACUGGAAAAUGGAUAUGAUGUGUACCAAUCUCCCAAACACAACUUCCUGGUUAGCUUAGGCAGAGUUAAACAAGCUUUCUUCCCUGGUAUGAAUCCACCACCAUACUCCCAGUUUUUGUCCAGGAGAAACGAAAUCCCUUUGUUUCGAUUCAACACACCGGAGCCCCACAGAAAUACUAGAAGUGCAGAAAUCGAUCCAAUGGAUCCUCACCAGAUCCUGGUCCCACAGAGGAAGAUCUCUGUGUUGGGAUCUCAGUUUCAGCGGCAAGCAGACUUUUCCCACCUGCCCAGAGAACCCGUGAGAAUCAACCAGAACGACGUGGUCAACCCAGAUGACCCACAUGCUAUGAUGGAUGCCAGGAGGUACGCGAGUCCUCGCUUUUACAUUACAAGAUAACUGGGGCCCUGCCACUUGCAAAUUGAAGACAUGGGCAAAUAUAAAAGGCAAAAAGAACGGUCUAGCACGCUCAGUCUGA